UAUCAUCGGCGCAGGAACGCAACCAACACAAACAAACCGAAAAAAAUAUAUCCAGGCAUCACAUGCGAACUGCCCCGCAAAAUUCAAAUCCCCAACCGAUUCCCCGAGGCCCGGAGGAUUAGGAGAGCGAGGAGCUCGCUCCCGGAAUCCCUUCCCGAUCUGCCUUCCCCCGGCCGAAUCGAAGCUUCGGCGCCGGCGCGGCGGGGCGGGGAGGAGGGGGAGGGGGGGAGGGGAUGGAUCCGGAGCAGACGUUCCUGCGGGUGCACGCGCGCCUCUCCGGGAUGCUCUCGCAGCUGCUCACCCCGCGGAUCCGCCUCGCGCUCGAGUACCUCUACCUCGCCGGCGCCGUCGCCCUCUUCUGCCUGCUCGUCGUCAUGCACACCAACUUCGUGCAGCAGCCGGGCUGCUCAAGUGAGUUCACUGGGAUUGAAUUUGGUGAAGCACAACUUGUCCAAAUCAAGAUAAUCAGUGGCGGACUAUGGGCCAGCAAAGGUGCGUCUUAUAUUAUGGAUCUCCAGAACCUGGGGCGUUCAGCUGAGAAAAUUCUAGAGGUUAAUGGUGAUAAGUUCAAUGUUUUGGCAUCUAAGUUUUUGUCAACUUGGGUUGGUCCUGGAGCUAGAAGGAGGGUACCGGAAUUGAAGACAACCGGAGAGGGUUCUGUACAUCAUCCUUUAUCUGCUAAAGAAUCAAUUAAAGCAGCGGUUACGUACUUAUCCAGAAAGUGGUACUCUCGUGCUGCCUUAUUUUGGAGGAACAUAAAGCAGGUUUCAGAUAAUGCCCUCCAACUAAUGGUCAGAUCGAACUGGGAUGACUUUCUCCACCUCAUUAAGGAUCUUCAAUUACCAAGCAUGGAUCAUCUUCUUUCGAACAUUGUGAAGUGGUUUGAGAAAAGAAGCAAAUCGUUUGAGCCUACCUAUUUAUAUGGUGUGGAGAAGGGAUAUUUCUUGCUUUCUGAAGUAGCCAAAAAUAGUCAUGGUAUCCGAACUAUAAACAUCACGAUUUCUGCUCGAAAUCCUUGCUUUGGGAACAGGUGGCAGCAGCUUUUGAUAAACAGCAUUGUUGGUUAUGAUACUAUACUUACAAACAGCUUAGUGAAUUCUCCUGGUCAGGGUUAUCUAUAUAACUUUCAGACAAAGGAGCUUUAUGAUCUUAGUUAUGGGCAUGAACCGCCAACAGGUCCUACAAGAUUCGGAGAUUACUUUGUGACGAAAUGUGGUGUCCUUCUAAUGUCACUCUUUGUAUUCUUUACAACCACCAUGUCUGUUUCAUUUACCCUGAGGGAAACACAGUCCCGCAUGCUUAGAUUCACAGUGCAGCUUCAACACCAUGCACGCCACCAGCUGCCCACAUUUCAACUGAUAUUUGUGCAUGUCAUUGAAUCACUGGUUUUUGUUCCGAUCAUGAUUGGGAUCCUCUUUUUUCUGUUUGAGUUCUACGAUGACCAGUUGCUCGCAUUUCUUGUUCUGACUCUUGUGUGGUUAUGUGAGCUGUUCACAAUGAUCAGUGUGCGCACAUCUAUAUCAAUGCAGUUCUUUCCGCGCUUUUUCUUGUUGUAUUUCCUGGUUUUCCACAUCUACUUCUUCUCAUACACCUAUGGCUUCUCGUACCUGGCUUUCUCUGCUACGGCAGCAUUCAUGCAGCAUCUAAUCCUGUACUUUUGGAACCGUUUUGAGGUGCCAGCCCUCCAGAGAUUCAUCAGGAGCCGAGCUCACAUUCACCAACAGACUGGUGUUCAGAUCACAUCCUCUACCAUCUACACUUCAACAUUACAUAUCGCGAGGGUAAACGUGAGGGACCCCGGCACGAUGAAUGACGACGUUGGUGCAGCUCGUGAAGCAGACCCCCUACUGGCCCAGGGCGAGCCCACGAGGAACCAACAAGAGGGUGGCCAGCAACUCAAUGAAAACGCCGAGGCAGCCACCAACCCUCUCCAGUACGAGGAUCAAAAUCUCGAGCAAGCCGGCAACGCCCCCGCAGCCUCGGGCUCGUUGAACCCGUUCGGCUCCCUCUUGCUGUGGUUGUUAGGAGGCGGUGCUUCUGACGGCAUAGUUUCCUUCUUCUCCAUGUUCAGGGACGUCCGUGACCACCACGGCGGUCAGGACUACGCCGAGCCGCCUCGGAACGAGAAUGAGCAGGUGACAUAGAAAAGAGAUGAAUCUGAAGGCGGACUAUAUAAAAGAUGAAAUGCCGAAGGCGGCGGCGGGUGACUGGGCAGAUGGAUGGUCCUGUGUUGUUAAGCUGAUGAUACUAACCCACUCAUCAAAGGAUAAUGACGAAUAUGCAUGCAUAGCAGCUUGCGGGCCGGCGUCGGCUGGAAAUGCCAUGUUAUCUCCCAUAUAUGUCUCUCUCUUUUUGGUUGCUGGGUAAGGCUGCAUGCCUAAUUGUGUCUGGCAUAUGUAAAUUCCUAGUACCGUUCGAGCCUUGUACAAAAAAACGCUCUUGAUAGUGAGUGUUGUGCGAUUCUUUUUGUACUCCAGUGGGUGGGUGGGAGGUGUACCAUGUAGUGGUAGUAGUUCCGAAUGCUGCAGACGAAUGGAAUGACCUGUUGCACAUGUUGUCCCUGCACAAGUUUCUUUUUUGAG